AAGCUAAUUCGAAAUAAAUAUUUAGAACUGUACUUUUAUCAUAGAGUUAAAGAAAGGCGUCCGGUGUCGAUUAUAGAAGCAAAGAAUAAAAUUCGACUGGAUCACGAUGAAUGCUGCAAUUGUUGUUGCUGCUGCAUACCACAACCCACUGCUUUCGAAUAUGUUCAACCGGAAGUACCGAAAUCCUUUCGACCAAUUCGAUAUUAUUGGAAACCGGAUGUUCCAAUGGAAGAUAACACAACUUAUCGAUAUUCGUAUUGGGACGGGCCUCGUUCACUUGUUGAACCCAUAAAACCAAAAGAUUGGUUAACUGUUGGUGAUGGCUGUAUAACCGACGAAACAACCCAUAAACUGAGUUACUUGGGUAAUUGGUGCGUUAAAACGGAACCAUCCAUUACACCCUGCGAUAAGCAAUGGCUUGGUAGAGGUCCUAUGCAAGAUGAAACUACUCAAAAACAUGAUUAUACGUGGAAAUCGAUAAUACCACCAGAAAGUAUUAAGGCAAGAAACAGUUUGUAUCUUCCUUGCGCUUCCCUUUCUGAUGACACGACUUAUCGAUUAAGCUAUUUCCCUUCUGCUUGUUAUCUUCCUACGGAAUCUUAUGCACCUAAAAGAGAUUAUUGCAAACCGGAAGUACCAAUGGAUGGUUGCACGACAUAUAGGUUGAGCUAUUGGUCAAAUGAACCACCAACAAAGGAAGAUCAACCUUGGCGAAAGAAGAGAGAAUAUCAUCAGCCAGUUAAUACUAUGGAAAAUUGUACGACGUAUAGACUGAGCUAUUGGCCACAUUGUGAAAAACCUCGACCACCUUUUAUCAUACAGGAUACAGAAAAUAUACUCAAUGCAGAUUGUUGCUUCAACGAUAACACGACUUAUCAAUUGAGUUACUUUAAUUGUGGAGGUGAGAAAAGUGAUCCAAUAAAAUCACCGGAAAACAUUUGUGUGUCGUCUUGUCCACUUUCUCACGAUACCAUUCAUAGAUUGAGCUUUCUAGGAAAUUGGUGUGUUACACCCGAAAAAUCUAUAACACCAUGUGAUAGACAAUUAUUAGGGAGAGGACCUAUGCAAGAUGAGACAACACAAAAACAUGAUUACACUUGGCGACAGUGUAUACCUCCGUCAGAAAUACGACCAGAAGAUAAUCUUAUGUGUGCUCCAAUGCCAUUAGAAUGUUGUACUACUCAUAAAUUGUCAUACAUACCAAACAAUCAUAUGGCAUUGUUACGAAACAAUUCGUACGCUCCACACCGUCUAUAUCAACGGUCAAAUUUACCAAUGGAAUCAGAGACUACCAUGCGUUUGAGUUAUCAACCAGUUGAACCUGUGGUUCCAGUAUCUAAACCUUGGAGCAAAAUGCCAUUAUAUCAUUCAGCGAUUACUCCUAUAGAUGACAAUACAACGUAUAAUCUGAGCUACAUACCACCUGGAACUCUGGUGCCAUUGUCAUCAUGUCAUGCACCUUGCUCUACGUCAAAUAAUUCAAGAGAAAGAGAGAUGAUGGGUCGGGUAGAGUUUGCAGGUCAGGAGUUAAACGACCCACGUUGGCAUUUACUUCUUACUUUCACUCAUCGCAUCGAGAGCGUCCGAGAAGCUUCGUUGCGUGAUAUAGAUCAUAAUUAAAAAUUAUUUUUUAUCUGAUCACAGAUACUAGUAGUGGUUUUGGGUUUAGCAGUAGCCCAAGAUCCAAAUUAUCGCAGCAAUUACCAAGACGAUGAACGACAGAAUGCUGCUACCGAUGGAAGACGAGGUACAACGACAACGCCAAUUCCUAUUUUACAUUGGAACAAACAGCAGGAACAUGAUGGAACUUACAAAACCAGUUACGAAACCGGGAAUAAUAUCAUUGCCGAGGAGAGCGGUUACAUCAAAACAGUUGGUGAAGGUGCGGAGCAAGGUGAGGCAUUGGUACAACAAGGGAGUUAUUCCUACAUGAGUCCGGAGGGGCAGUUGAUCACCAUUCAUUAUACCGCGGACGAGACGGGCUUUCACGCGUCCGGCGAUCAUAUUCCCACGCCACCACCAGUCAGUGAAGAGAUUCAAAAAGGCCUCGACCUCAUCUUCGCAGGCAUUCGACAACAGGAGGAAGCCGAAGCCCGAGAGGCUGCUUCGAAGAACCAACAGCAACCAUUGAGUCAACAAAUCGAUAGGAGGGACGAUUACGAUAAAAAGUUCCGACAAUAAGGACCAAAUAAUCUUCUCCUCCAACGCCCAGUAACCAGUUUUCAUUCGUACUCACCCAAUCAAGACACACCGUUUCGUUUCUAGCGUGUUAUAUAGCAUGGCAUUUUUGCUAAGGCGUAGCGAUUAAGUCAUUAGAUCACGUAUUAAAACCCGUCCCUCUCAUCUUUAUCGAUAAUACACUCGAUUAUUACGUACGUUUGUAGUAAGAAACGAAGCAUUGUUCCUUCGCUUUCGCUCGUUCCUAGCGUCACGCUUGAGAAAUGCGACGACGUUCUCCAAUUCCUAUUUUUAUGUUCUCAUUUCUUUUCAUUCAUUACAUUAUCCAUAGCGAUUGAAGUGAUUUGCAUUAAAAAAAAAAAAAAAAAGAAAGAAAAGAAAAAAGAGAACAAAAAAAGAAGUUAUUCACAACUGGUUACGUCAUUCCUUCCUAUGGAAGUAAAGGUAAGUGUUAAGGUCAAUGGACGAUGAAUGUGAAACACAAACACGUUGUUCCGGUAAAUGACUAUGAUAUAAAGGUAUGUAGUUCAUUACGGAACAAAGCAUCUUUAUUAUUAGCUUUAAGCAUAUGCUUCUCUCUUUGUCUCAUGAAUAAUAAGAAGAGAAAAAAAUAAAGAGAGAAAGAAAGAGAGAGAACAAAAAAAGUACUUUUUUGUCAAUAGUAUUUUACGAGGUAGUGCGUUAACGUUGUCGAAGCUAUUAUUAAUAUUAUUAUUAAUCAUUGAUAUAAGUUAAGUAAAUUAAUUUAUUAAGAAUCUAGAGAACUUAAUUACGACGUGCCAACUAUCGUUACUUCCAUUUGGAUGAUAUUUCAUAUUUGCAAAGACAAGAAAUUCUUGAAGAAAAAAAAAAUUAAGAAUUACUCGCAUCGCAUACUUUCGUAAGGGAGACUAGCAUACACGAUAGGGAAUAACAACCGGAUCAU